AUGGAGGAGAGGCCGGUGGUGGAAGACGACAGGCCAAAGAGAGAUCCGUCGAAAAUCAUCAACAUCGAGCAAGAGCUGCUCCGAGGAAGGAAAAUCUUCUUGGUGGGCCCUAUCGACGAUCGCUCAGCCAAGGAGAUUUGCAUGAAGCUGAUGUUCCUCGACAUGGAGAGCUCAGGCACUCCGAUCUUUCUCUUCAUCAACAGCCCAGGAGGAAAGGUGAACGCGGGUCUCGCUAUCGUAGACACGAUGAACGCGCUGUCCUCUCCCGUCCACACCAUCUGCUGCGGUCGAGCAUUUUCCAUAGCGGCCAUUAUUCUAGCCGCCGGCUCUCAUGGCAACCGCAUCUGUCUUCCGUAUGCCAAGGUCAUGCUGCACCAGCCCUCCAUCAUUCAGAUGGUAGCGACCGACAUCAUGAUACGAGCUCACGAGACUCUCCGAACUAAAGAAAUCAUGAACAGCCUGCUGGCAAAACUGACCAAGCAGUCUGAGAAGAAGAUAUCGGAGAUCUGUGAAAGAGACCAUUACCUCACGGCGACGGAGGCUGUAAGGUGA